ACAAAAAUCCAUUAUUGAUAAUUUUCUUAGAUAAAAGAUCCACCAUUCAUAAUUGAUUCUCUCAAAAUUCUCAGUUAUCAAUUUCAUUACCGCCAUGACCGGACCAGAAUCGUCCGUAGCUAAGGAAUUGGGUAUUUCCCGCACAUCGGCGGCAGAGAAGAAAGACGAAGAACUUACUUCCAUGUCUGAGAAUCAGGAACCGCCUAAUCCGGCGGCUGUGGCUGAAGCAGGGCCACCGCAUGAGGCCUUGUUUCAUGUUGUGAGUUAUCUUUCUCUCUUUGAGCUUCUUUCCAUGAGCGCAGUCUGUGUAUCGCUGAGAGACGCAGUGGAACAUGAUGUGUUGCCGUGGCUUCACAUCGUCGUGGAUGGGCGAUUGAGCUCCCGGUUAUCUGAUUACACUCUGGGGAGAAUCGCCCGGAAGGCGGGUGGCCGCCUUAGAACUUUGGCUUUGAUCGAUUGUUUCAAGAUUUCAGAUUCUGGGCUUCACGAAGUUGUUGAGAACAAUCCUCUUCUCACCAAGCUUUAUGUACCUGGAUGCACUAGUUUGACUCCUGCGGGAGUGGUUAGGGCAGUGAAGACUUCGUCUCAACAUUCUCACAAUUUGAAGAAUCUAAUGAUUGGUGGCAUUUACAAUAUAGAGAACCAUCACCUUGAAGUCCUCAGAUCCCAUCUUCUUGAAAACCGAUCACAGAACAAGCAGCAGGAGUGGCGACAGGUACACCAUCUGUACCAUGAGCACGUUGACCGGCCGAAUUUGUUGAGUAACGAUUUCCUGCCACUGAUUGAUGUUCAAAUCUGCCCAAAAUGCUAUGACAUAAGGAAUGUCUAUGAUUGUUCAAGGGAGAGAUGCAAGAUAAAGCAAGGGGAGAAUUUGCUGGCAGAUUGCCGGGGUUGCAUUAGUUGUAUGCCAAGGUGUGAAGAAUGCGGUGGAUGCGUGGAUGUUGAUGAAAUAGAAGAGGCUAUAUGUCCAGGUAUCGUGUGUUCAAGUUGCUGGCUUCAACUUCCCAAGUGCAACCAUUGUAAUAGGCCAUUUUGCAAGCGACACCGCGAUAAUAUCGAUGAAGUUGAAGAAGAAGACGAUGAAGAAUAUUUAGAAACAUUUGGAACAAAAAAUUUAGAAUACCAAAACACAAUUGUUGGUUAAGGUUUGGAUAUUUUUCAAACUAUAUAUCUAUCGGUAUCUAUUUGGGAUAGAUAGCGGUCUACCUCUGUCUAGGAUGAACGACGAUAAUCAUCUAUUUUUGUCUAUCUAGGAUAUACAUAGAUAAACCACUAUAUAUCCCAAACUACUGUAUAAAUUUUUAAAAAUUCUUAAUUUUCAUUAGGG